AUGGUUCCAAAUGGCUUUCCAAGGACAACCCUACAGAGAAGAAGGGCAUUAUGGAGCGCAUCGGGGUCCAUGUUUGCUGCGUAUUUAUCUGCCCUGAGAAGAGAUAGCCUCGCAAAGUUUGCAGUCAGGGUGAUCACACGGCCUAGUAUUGCCAGCUUCCCCAAGGGUGCAGUAGCGAGCAACCCCACGGAAUAG